AUUUGACAGGCGCAUACUUAUUUGGCAGACUGAUGACACUACCAUUAGUAUUAGCACUGUGACAUGGCAUUAGAAGACAAAUAAUGAUGGUUCACGUAUAAAAUAUGCUUUCCCGUGAUGAUGUGUUCGUAAAGAAUGUGUCAUUCAAAUAAAAAUCUCGUGCGGAAGGUGCAAAUGCGCGCGCAGAACACAAUCGUGCCGGAAUUACAGACCGACCUAACCUAGCUAACCUCAUAGUGAAAUCUAUAUAGCAUAUGACGUAUGUUUCUCGUGGAAGUAAUUAUUUAACCGUGUUUAGAGGUACGAAGAAAAUUAAAGAGCAGGAAAUAUGACAGCGGAAAAUGUAGAUAUCGAUAGAUUAACCAUAAACGGAACUACAGAUGAUGAGGAUGUCGUUACGCCCUGGGAUGUUGAAUCCAAGAACGAUAGUGGAAUUGACUAUGAUAAAUUGAUUAAAAGAUUUGGAAGCUCGAAAAUCGAUGAAGAGCUAUUAACUAGAUUCGAGAAGAUCACUGGCCAAAAGCCGCAUCAUUUCCUAAGAAGAGGAAUAUUCUUCUCACACAGAGACAUGAAUACUAUUUUAAAUUUAUAUGAACAAGGAAAACCAUUUUAUCUUUACACUGGCAGAGGACCUAGCUCAGACUCUAUGCAUUUAGGACAUCUAGUGCCGUUUAUGUUUUGCAAAUGGUUACAGGAUGCAUUUAAUAUACCAUUAAUCAUACAAUUGAGUGAUGACGAGAAAGCCAUAUGGAAGAAUCUAAAGAUAGAGGAUGCUAUUAAACUGUCUUAUUCCAAUGCAAAAGAUAUCAUAGCUCUUGGUUUCAAACCAGACAAAACUUUCAUCUUUUCUAAUUUAGAACACAUUGGAAAUAAUCCAGCAUUUUAUCAAAAUAUGAUUAGAAUUCAAAGGGGUGUUACAUUUAAUCAAGUAAAGGGUAUCUUUGGAUUUGGUGAUAGCGAUCCCAUAGCAAAAAUAGCAUUUCCACCUACCCAAGCUGCUCCAGCAAUUUCCAGCACAUUUCCCUUUAUCUUCAAGAAUGCAAAAGUCCAUUGUUUGAUCCCAUGUGCUAUUGAUCAGGAUCCUUAUUUUCGAAUGACAAGGGAUGCUGCGCCAAAGAUUGGCUAUCCAAAGCCUGCUUUGCUGCAUUCUGUAUUCUUCCCAGCUUUACAAGGCUCUAAAACAAAAAUGUCUGCCAGUAGUGAUAAUAGUGCAAUAUUCUUGACAGACACAGCAAAACAAAUAAAGAACAAAGUUAAUAAACACGCAUUCUCAGGUGGACAGGCUACUGUCGAAGAACAUAGACAAUUAGGAGGCAAUUGUGACAUUGAUAUAUCUUAUCAAUGGCUAAGAUUUUUCCUGGAAGAUGAUGACAAAUUAGAACAACUUAGGAAAGGUUACACAAGUGGAGAAAUUUUGACUGGAGAACUUAAGAAGGAACUAAUCAAUGUCUUGCAAUCUUUAGUAGCUGAACAUCAAGCAGCUAGAAGUAAACUAACAGAUGACAUAGUCAGGAAAUACAUGGUCCCCAGGGAUCUUGGUUUUGUAACGAAUUCGAAAUAAUUGCACAAAGAUUUCUUAUGUACAUAAAACACACUUCCACAGAAAUUCCUUUUCCAUGAAUUUAUUUAAGUUUAUUUAUUGAAAAAGUAUAUUAAUAAUUGUUCGAACAAAAAAAUUUAUUUUUUAAAGUUUCAUGGUGAUAGAUUAAACUGCUUUUUGUAAAUCACA